AUGCUCUUAGGUGAAUAUGUCUAGUCAAUGAGAAACAGAAAUCUGACUAGUAAACACAAACAGUCAGUCUGUCUGGGUGUUUUUCUCUCUCCUUAUCUCUGCUGUCUGCAGUGUGCUGAUUGGGCCAUGAUCAUGAUGAUCAUUCAAAUGGUCUCUGUGUAUUACGCUGAGACUGGGGCGGUCUGGUAGUGUGUCACAGUCUGGUCAGGGCAUCCUACCCAGGUCAAGGGGUCACUGGAUGUGAGCAGGUUGGAUGGGAAUGAGAAGCGUACCAGUGAAGUCAGAGAGAACAGGGGCGUUCCCUUGCCAGCAACAGCACAUGCAGCCAGCCUGAUUUCUUACCCUUCUUCCCCUCCUCUCCUCCCCUCCCCCCUCCUCUCCUACUCCUCUCCCCACCUCUCCUCUCCUCUCCUCCCCCCUCCUCUCCUACUCCUCUCCCCACCUCUCCUCUCCUCCCCUCCCCGCUCCUCUCCUACUCCUCUCCCCACCUCUCCUCUCCUCUCCUCCUCCCCACUCCUCUCCUCCUCCUCUUCCCUUUUCUCCUCUCCUCCCCUCCCCCCUCCUCUCCUACUCCUCUUCCCUCCUCUACUCUCCUCCCUCCUCUCCUCCUCCCCUUCUCUCUACUCACCUCCCCCCCUCCUCUCCUCUCCUCCUCGUCGCUUGCUCCUCCUAUCCCAUCACCUCUUCUCCCUUCCUCCCCUCCCUCCAUCCUACUCACUCUCCCUCAUCCCUCCUCUCCUCUCCUCCAUUCCUUUGCCUCUUCCUCUCCCAUCCCUAGUCUCCCUCCUACCCUACCCUCCCCACUACUAUACUACCACAUAGCCCCCCCAUCUUCCUACUACCACCUUAUCACCAUACCCUAGACUCAGUACUUCUAUGAACCACAGAGGGAGUUGCCUCACCACCACCAGUAACCACAUGAGAAUGUUAGUUUGGAACGGGGACUGGUCAGCUGGUUACUUCUCCCGCUGUUGUUGGUUUGUUGUGCGGCGAACAUUUGGUCAGUCUGUCCCCUCCAUGCCUGAUCGGGGAUCGUUAGGCUGAGUCUGGCUGGCCCUGUCCUGUUGUUUGAGUUGAGCUUCAUUAUCUCUGAACCAAACCAUCUGUUAUCUCUGUCUGUCUGUCUGUCUCUUUCUUUCUGUCUGUCUCUUUCUGUCUGUCUGUCUGUCUCUUUCUGUCUGACUGUCUCUUUGGCUGACUGUCUCUGUCUGUCUGUCUGUCUGUCUCUUUCUGUCUGUCUGUCUCUUUCUUUCUGUCUGUCUCUUUCUGCCUGUCUGUCUCUGACUCUCUUUCUGUCUGUCUCUGUCUCUUUCUAUCUGUCUCUUUCUGUCUGUCUCUCUUUCUGUCUGUCUCAGCACCAGCCCAACCAUCGAUCCUCUUUUGAAAUGUUCUAGUGUCAAUGUGUCAAUGUCUCUAUUUGGAGCAUGAUGAUAUGUACCCAUUCGUUUUGUCAUGCUUUUGGAAACAUCCCACUGGGCACACCAUGUCAUUUCAACAGGAGAAUGUAGGUCAUACUUGGUUGGGACGUUGAUCAAUGAGAUUUCAACAUUUAUUCACCCACUCAAAAAGACUGCAAGAAGGUUGUUUAAUUCCCAAUGUGUUAUCACUAUACAUUCAACCAUCUAAAAGCACAACCAAAUAUGUCUGAUUUUUGGUAGUAUUCAUACGCCUUGACUUAUUCCACAUGUUGUUGUGUUACAGCCUGAAUUCAAAAUGGAUUAAAUAUAUAUUUUUCUCACCCAUCUACACAAGAUACCCCAUAAUGACAAAGUGAAAACAUGUUUUUAGAAAUGUUUGCAAAUUUAUUGAAAAUGAAAUACAGAAAUAUCUCAUUUACAUAAGUAUUCACACCCCUGAGUCAAUACAUUUUAAAAGCACCUUUUAAAUUGUAUUUGUCACGUGCCGAAUACAACAGGUGUAUACCUUACAGUGAAAUGCUUACUUACAAAAAGUAACACAAUAGAAUAACAAUAACGAGGCUAUAUACAGGGGGUACCGGUACUGAGUCAAUGUUCGGGGGGUACAGGUUAGUCGAGGUAAUUGAGGUAAUUUGUACAUGUAGGUAGGGGUAAAGUGACUAUGCAUAGAUAAUAAACAGCAAGUAGCAGCAGCGUAAAAAAGAUCAUUGCUAGACAGACAUUUUCAAGUCUUGCCAUAGAUUUUCAAGCCAAUUUAAGUCAAAACUGUAACUAAGCCACUCAGGAACAUUCAAUGUCGCCUUGGUAAGUAACUCCAGUGUAUAUUUGGCCUUGUGUUUUAGGUUAUUGUCCUGCUGAAAGGUGAGUUUGUCUCCCAGUGUCUGUUGGAAAGCAGACUGAACCAGGUUUUCCUUUAGGAUUUUGCAUGUGCUUAGCUCUAUUCCGUUUAUUUUUUAUCCUAAAAAACUCCCUAGUCCUUGCUGAUGACAAGCAUACCCAUAACAUGAUGCAGCCACCACCAUGCUUGAAAAUAUGAAGAGUGGUACUCAGUGAUGUGGUGUGUUGGUUUUUCCCCAAACAUAACGCUUUUUGUAUUCAGGAGAUAAAGUUAAUUUCUUUACCACAUUUUUUGAAGUAUUACUUUAGUGCCUUAUUGCAAACAUGAUGCAUGUUUUGGAAUACUGUUAUUCUGUACAGGCUUCCUUCUUUUCACUCUGUCAUUUAGGUUAGUAUUGUGGAGUAACUACAAUGUUGUUGAUCUAUCCUCAGUUUUCUCCUAUCAAAGCCAUUAAACUCUGUAACUGUUUUGUCUCCGUCGGUAGAGCAUGGCACUUGCAACGCCAGGGUUGUGGGUUCGAUUCUCCCAGGGGACCAGUACAAAUGAAAAUGUAUGCACUCACUAACUGUAAGUCGCUCUGGAUAAGUGUCUGCUAAAUGACUAAAAUGUCAAAAUGUAAAUGUUGUAAAGUCACCAUUGGCCUCAUGGUGAAAUCCCUGAGCGGUUUCCUUCCUCUCCGGCAACUGAGUUAGGAAGGACGCCUUUAUAUUUGUUGUGACUGGGCAUAUUGAUACACCAUCCAAAGUGUAAUUAAUAUUCUUCACCAUGCUCAAGGGGAUAUUCAGGGCUCUAUUUUAACUAACCUAAGGCAAUAGUAAAUCUAAGAGGUAGCGCUAUAGGUUCAGGGGUGUGUCAGAAAUAUUGUUGCUAUUUUCACGUCACAUUUAUCGGCGCAUUUGCUGGCGUUUGGCACGAAGGGGCUGGGUUUGGAUGAAUAAACAAGUUGUGGGUGUGUCAAGGCUUGGCACCUCACUGGCCAAUCAGAACGUGCUCCAUGGUGAAAUAUGUGGUUGCUUCAAGUUGUGUAUUUACGGUCUUUUAUGUAUUGCCUUGGAAUCAACUCCAAUUCCAAUAUUAGUCUGUUAUAGUUUGUUAAAUGGCUUACAGAAACAAAAUAACAAAAUGUAGACUUAUCUUUGCUAAAUAAGUUAACUUGAACCCAUUUGCAGUCCACAUUGUUCUAAGUAAUUGCAUGGCUUCAAUAGCAUUCACACUGAUAUAUUUAUUUAACUAGGCAAGUCAGUUAAGAGCAAAUUCUUAUUUACAAUGACGGCCUACUUGCACAGCUCCGCGGCCAAUCCCUCCCCUAACUCGGACGACGCUGGGCCAAAUGUGCGCCGCCCUAUGGGACUCCCAAUCAUGGCCGGUUGUGAUACAGCCCGGGAUCAAACCAGGGUCUGUAGUGACGCCUCUAGCACUGCGAAGCAGUGCCUUAGACCGCUGUGCCACUCGGUAGGCCUAGGGGCUAUGCCUACUGUAAAUUGCAUUAUGGCUGAGCAUGGGAAUGCCAAACAUUGUCAAUAAGCAAGAUUAAAUUAAUUAUUGAUAAGGCCUAAAAAGAGAACGAAUAAUUCAAAUCAAAUUAUGAAGAAAACAACAACUCAAUAGGCUAUGUCACACUACAUGCACCAUAAUGUCUCCCUGUGGGCAUGUAAUAUUAAAACAACGCAAGACUAUGGAGAGUUUUACAUACAUCCCCAAAAGAAAUGGAAGGGAGUAUGUCCACUCACUGUUAUCCUGCUCCUAAAUAGGCCUAUGUUUUAUGAACAUAAACGGAACCAUCUUACAGAUCAGAUCCCAUUCACACAUCUCCAGACGUUGCAUUGCAAGCGCGCCACGGACGUUGUCACCAUAAAACCAGGAAGGUGAAUCAUUCUAAUAAGUUUGGUUGUAAUAAAAUUUAACGAAAAACAAGUUUAAAAAAAAUACACAAUAAAAGGAUAAAAAAAGUAAUUGCUGAACAAGCUGUUGUUAUAGUAGGCCUAAGGGUUUGGAACAUACAGUGCAUUCGGAAAGUAUUCAGACCCCUAGACUUUUUCCACAUUUUGUUACGUUACAGCCUUAUUCUAAAAUUGAAUAAAUCAUUUUUUCCCCUCAUCAAUCUACACACAAUACCCCAUAAUGACAAAGCAAAAACAGGUUUUUACACAUUUUUGCAAAUGUAUUACAAAUAAAAAACGGAAAUAGUACAUUUACAUAAGUAUUCAGACCCUUUACUCAGUACUUUGUUGAAGUACCUUUGGCAGCGAUUACAGCCUCGAGUCUUCUUGGGUAUGACGCUACAAGCUUGGCACACCUGUAUUUGGGGAGUUUCUCCCAUUCUCCUGUGCAGAUCCUCUCAAGCUCUGUCAGGUUGGAUGGGGAGCGUUGCUGCACAGCUAUUUUCAGGUCUCUCCAGAGAUGUUCGAUCGGCUGUUCGAAGGCUGUAAUGUAACAAAAUGUGGAAAAAGUCAAGGGGUCUGAAUUCUUUCCGAAUGCACUGUAUGAAAUGGAAAACAAGCCAUUGUUACAGGUUACAGAUAACUUCUAAAUACAAGGUUUACCGGUAUUCAUCGAGGUACUCAUCUCUCGUUUCAUGAUGGGCAUGGACACGUAGCCUACAUCAUGGAGGGGGUUUUACGCACGUCCAAAACGGGACCUGCAUGGCUAAAAUAAUGUGGGCCUGCCUACAAUACAUAUAUAAAAAGAGAAUGUCAGCUCACUGUUUUACUCCUCUCAAACGUGAUAUUUAUUUCCAAGAGCUCAGGAGCCAAACCCUAUAUCGAUAGUCUUGACUACUUCGCGAAUGCAUUGGGCAGACAAAAAAAGCCUUAAUUGAGAGGAGGGGAGGCUAUGCUUGGUUUCUAAUAAAAGAAAACGAAAUGUUUCUAAAUAUGAAGUAGACAGGCACCAAAUCAUUGGGCUAGUCUUGUUCCAUGCACAUAUGGGCAGUGUGCGUCACGGCUGGAUAGGCUGCGUUUCCGCUGUCAAAAUUCAUGCCAUAACCAACUGCGUUACCGCUAAAACCAGCUUUCGGUUGGUCUUAAAUAUCCCCAUCAGCGCUGCCUGAAAUUAGCACUUUGGAUCAUGUUUUUAAGGACACACCUCAAAUAUUUCCACCCCCCAUCUGAGCGAAAGCGAGCUGAUAUAAUUGCCGAACCUGGCGCUAGGGCUGGGAAAUACCAGUGUGCCAGUUUUUACAUUACGAAAUUGCAAACUAACAUGCAUUUGACAUUAGCACCGCCUUAACGCCAGCUCAAAAUAGAGCCCUCGGUGUCUGCUUUUUUUUAUUUUUUCACCCACCUAUCAAUAUAUGCCCUUCUUUGCGAGGCAUUGGAAAACCUUCCUGGUCUUUGUGGUUGAAUCUGCGUUUGAAAUUCACUGCUCGACUCAGGGACCUUACAUAUAAUUGUAUGUGUGGGAUACAGAGAUGAGGUAGUCAUUAAAAAAAUCAUGUUAAACAUUUUUUUGUUUGUUGUCAUUUUAGCAGACGCUCUUAUCCAGAGCCACUUACAGGAGCAAUCAGGGUUUAGUGCCUUGCUUAAGGGCACAUCAACAGAUUUUUCACCUAGUCGGCUCGGGGAUUAGAACCAGCGACCUUUCGGUUACUGGCACAACGCUCUUAACCACUAAGCUACCUGUUUAACACGUUAAAUACUAUUAUAUUGAGUCCAUGUAACUUAUUAUUAUUUACUCCUGAACUUAUUUAGACCAUAACAAAGGGGUUGAAUACUUAUUGACUCAAAACAUUUCAGCUUUUCAUUUUUUAUUAAUUUGUAAAAAUUUCUUUAAUCAUAAUUCCACUUUGACAUUAUGGGUUAUUGUGUGUAGGCCAGUGACACAAAAUCUCAAUUGAAUCCAUUUUAAAUUCAGGCUGUAACACAACAACAUGUGGAAAAAGUCAAGGGGUGUGAAUACUUUCAACCCCUUUCUUAUGGCAAGCCUAAAUAAGUUCAGGAGUAAAAAUGUGCUUAACAAGUCACAUAAUAAGUUGCAUGGACUCAAUUAUUGUUUAACACGUGAAUCCAACAUAUCAAUUAUUAAUUUGUAGACAAACUGGAAUUAAAGCCAGACUAAGUCAGUGGCACAGAUGGAACUAUCAAAGCAGAAGAUACAUUUCCUUCAAAUGUUUAUAUUUGGUUGAGUUGACAACCAAACGCAAUUCAACAUCCAGUUUGUCUACAAAUUAAUAAUUGAUAGGUUGUACUCAAGUCUCCAUCUCAACCAAAAUGUACAGUUAAAGAAUGGGGCUAAAUCAAAUCAAACUUUAAAUGCACUUUAAAUCAAGUUUGAUUUGAUUUAGUCCUAUUCUUUAACUUUUUGGUGUUUGGUUGAGAUGGAGACGUGAAUCCAACAUAUUAAUGAUUAACUUGAUGAUAAAAUUUGAAAUCCACCAAAGCUUGAAAUCCUUGACCUACAGUUGAAGUCGGAAGUUUACAUACACUUAGGUUGGAGUCAUUAAAACUCGUUUUUCAACCACUGCACAAAUUUCUUGUUAACAAACUAUAGUUUUGGCAAGUCGGUUAGGGCAUCUACUUUGUGCAUGACACAAGUAAUUUUUCCAACAAUUGUUUACAGACAGAUUAUUUCACUUAUAAUUCCAGUGGGUCAGAAGUAUACAUACACUAAGUUGACUGUGCCUUUAAACAGAUGGAAAAUUCCAGAAAAUUAUGUCAUGGCUUUAGAAGCUUCUGAUAGGCUAAUUGUGUGACAAGGUGUGAAUGAAGGAGUCAGGCGCAGUAGGUAAAAUACCGAAGUCCAGAGUUUAUUCCGUUUACAUAAAUCAAACGCCCCAAGCGUCAAACGAAACUAUUACAAGGGAAAACAUCCACCUUGGCAUAAACACAGUGAAGAAUAGCUCAACCGAGCUACACGCUCUCACAACAAACAAUCACUCACAAAGACAAGGGGAACAGAGGGAACACUUAUACACAUACUAAUUAGGGGAAUGAGCACCAGGUGUGUGUGAUUGACAAGACAUGACAAGUGGAGUGAUGAGAAUGGGAUCGGCAGUAGCUAGUACUCAGGUGACGACGAACGCUGAAGCCUGCCCGAACCAGGAGGGGGGGCAGCCUCGGCGGAAGUCGUGACAAAUUGACAUCAUUUGAGUCAAUUGGAGGUGUACCUGUGGAUGUAUUUCAAAGCCUACCUUCAAACUCAGUGCCUCUUUGCUUGACAUCAUGGGAAAAUGAAAAGUGUGUAGACCUCCACAAGUCUGGUUCAUCCUUGGGAGCAAUUUCCAAACGCUUGAAGGUAUCACGGUCAUCUUUACAAACAAUAGUACCCAAGUAUAAACACCAUGGGACCAUGCAGCCAUCAUACCGCUCAGGAAGGAGACGCGUUCUGUCUCCUAGAGAUGAACGUACUUUGGUGCGAAAAGUGCAAAUCAAUCCUAGAGCAACAGCAAAGGACCUUGUGAAGAUGCUGGAGGACACAGGUACAAAAGGAUCUAUAUUCACAGUAAAACGAGUCCUAUAUCGACAUAACCUGAAAGGCCGCUCAGCAAGGAAGAAGCCACUGUUCCAAAACCGCCAUAAAAAAGCCAGACUACGGUUUGCAACUGCACAUGGGGACAAAGAUCUUACUUUUUGGAGAAAUGUCCUCUGGUCUGAUGAAACAAAAAUAGAACUGUUUGGCCAUAAUGACCAUCGUUAUGUUUGGAGGAAAAAGGGGAACGCUUGCAAGCCGAAGAACACCAUCCCAACCGUGAAGCACGGGGGUGGCAGCAUCAUGCUGUGGGGGUGCUUUGCUGCAGGAGGGACUGGUGCACUUCACAAAAUAGAUGGCAUCAUGAGGGAGGAAGAUUAUGUGGAUAUAUUGAAGCAACAUCUCAAGACAUCAGUCAGGAAGUUAAAGCUUGGUCGCAAAUGGGUCUUCCAAAUGGACAAUGACAUUUCACAUUCUUAAAAUAAAGUGGUGAUCCUAACUGACCUAAGACAGGGAAUUUUUACUAGGAUUAAAUGUCAGGAAUUGUGAAAAACUGAGUUUAAAUGUAUUUGGCCAAGCUGUAUGUUAACUUCCUACUUCAACUGUAUAUUUACGUCAUUUAGUAGACACUCUUAUCCAGAGCGACUUACAGGAGCAAAACCGGGGUUAAGUGCAUUGCUCAAGGGCACAUUGACAGAUUUUUCACCUAGUCGGCUCAGGGAUUUGAACCAGUAACCUUUCAGUUACUGUCCCAACGCUCAUAACUGCCAGGCUACCUGCCUGUUUAUUUUAGUUAAACCCUGGGUUGAAUUGAAACAAUAGCUGUUGAUGACUUUGCAAACGCUACAUAGGCCUAAACAGUAUCAUUGAUGAUAUAUCAAAUCACAUUUUAUUUGUCACAUUCGCGUCGGACUCAUUAAAGAAAAAAUCUUCGUCCAGUUCGAGGUGAGUAAUCGCUGUUCUGAUGUCCAGAAGCUCUUUUCGGUCGUAAGAGACAGUAGCAGCAACAUUACGUACAAAAUGAGUUACAAACAAUGCGAAAAAACAAACAAAAUAGCACAGUUGGUUAGGAGUCCGUAUAUUUCAUUUGGUCUGUUAAACCUACCUUUUGGAAUGACUUCGCAAAUAUAUUUAGUUUAUUAAGAGAUCUUUCAAUAAUGAUUCUCAUGAUAGCACAUUGGUAUUAGUCAGUGACAAAUAUCAAAGUUAAGCCGUGCUGGGCUUUGUUAAUACCGUGGAUGUGAAACCAAAUGAAUAAUUGUAGAUAGAUCAACUCUUCAGAGAUGCUGCCCAGCCUAUUGGUUUUUUUCUGAUAGUGGAUAUACAGUAACGUUGAUCAGACGUUGUUUCAAAGGUACAUGUUUUACAUAUUUUAUAGAAGGUUUGUCUGUUUAAAAUGGUUUACAAUGAUGACAUAAUCCUGUGGUUGAAAUGUCACCCUCAAAACAAUAGUUUAUGACUUUUUUUCAAAUCCAGUGUAUGUAUUUUCCAUGUAGAUAUGAUUCCAUGUCACAAUACGUUGACAAAUUACGUUGAAACAACAUUGAUUCAGCCAGUUUGUGUCCAGUGGGAUUUUUUUGUUGUCCAUAGAUUGAUGAGGGGAACUUGCGUACUUCCCCCUUUUGGAUUGAAAGUUUCUGCGUUAAGGAAAGUGAGAGGGCGAAGAGUUAACUUUUCACAGUGUGAGCCAGUGAGAGUUUACCACAGGACAGAGUUCAGGGGUCAACAGGGUUCAUUCUCUCCAGCUCCAUCUGUAUUGUGUGUUCAGAAAAGAAAGGGAUAGUCCCAACAAGAUCUCACGGUUUUGACUUCAGAUUCAGAUGUUUCGUCCACUUUCUGGAAUCGAAACACGUGACCCUUGGGAGCCAGAGCUCGCGGCUUACGCCCCACCCGCCAUCACCAUCCACAACGCCCUAGCAACGCCCAAGCCUACUUGACGGCAAUAGCGCUCAUCGUUGUCCUCUAGUGGCGUGUUAUGAAGGCAUCUCCCGACAUCCUCGGGACAUGGAUGGACGUCAACUUUCAAAGUGAAUGCUGGCUGAUAGGCCUAUGUUUUUAUGUAUAAUUAUGUUUUUUAAAAACCAUUUGGUCUCUGAGCUCACACAGGAAAUUCUGCUAAGAUUUAUUGAGAAAAACGGGGAACUUGGAACUGGGAAGUAAUCUAGAAACCCAUCAGUAGCAUGUGGAUUGUUAGUAUGACAUGAUGAUGAUAUCUCUCUUUUGGCUUCUCAUCAUCACUGUAUUGAUUUAAGUCUCAGACACGGGACAGCAGAGGAUUUUCUGAGUUUAUAUGAUCCAAUAUUCUCAGCCUGUGGGAGAGAUUAGUUUGUGUGUGUGUGUGUGUGUCUAAUCAUGUGAGUAUAGGGAGGGAAGCUGUGACAAUACCCUGUCUCCUGCCCUCCCCCUCAGAUUUACUGACACAAUUGAUCAGACGUCAACCUAAUUUAGCAAAGAAAUGAAAAUGAAUGUUUCUGUGUGAUUUUGUUUGUUAUUUGACUGUGUGUGUGUGUGUGUGUGUGUGUGUGUGUGUGUGUGUGUGUGGUUCUAGUGAGUUGUUUGGCAGUAGGCGGUGAACCAGGUUCUAGUGAGUUGUUUGGCAGUAGAGUCUCAGGGUGGUGAACCAGGUUCUAGUGAGUUGUUUGGCAGUAGAGUCUCAGGGCGGUGUACCAGGUUCUAGUGAGUUGUUUGGCAGUAGAGUCUCAGGCAGUGAACCGGUUUCCUAGUGGAACCAGGUUCUAGUGAGUUGUUUGGCAGUAGAGUCUCAGGGGCGGUGAACCAGGUUCUAGUGAGCUGUUUGGCAGUAGAGUCUCAGGGCGGUGAACCAGGUUCUAGUGAGUUGUUUGGCAGUAGAGUCUCAGGGCGGUGAACCAGGUUCUAGUGAGUUGUUUGGCAGUAGAGUCUCAGGGCGGUGAACCAGGUUCUAGUGAGUUGUUUGGCAGUAGAGUCCUCAGGGCGGUGACCAGGUUCUAGUGAGUUGUUUGGCAGUAGAGUCUCAGGGCGGGUGAAACCAGGUUUCUAGUGAGUUGUUUGGCAGUAGAGUCUCAGGGCGGUGAACCAGGUUCUAGUGAGUUGUUUGGCAGUAGAGUCUCAGGGCGGGUGAACCAGGUUCUAGUGAGUUGUUUGGCAGUAGAGUCACAGGGCGGUGAACCAGGUUCUAGUGAGUUGUUUGGGCAGUAGAGUCUCAGGGCGGUGAACCAGGUUCUAGUGAGUUGUUUGGCAGUAGAGUCUCAGGGCGGUGAACCAGGUUCUAGUGAGUUGUUUGGCAGUAGAGUCUCAGGGCGGUGAACCAGGUUCUAGUGAGUUGUUUGGCAGUAGAGUCUCAGGGCGGUGAACCAGGUUCUAGUGAGUUGUUUGGCAGUAGAGUCUUAGGGCGGUGAACCAGGUUCUAGUGAGUUGUUUGGCAGUAGAGUCUUAGGGCGGUCAACCAGGUUCUAGUGAGUUGUUUGGCAGUAGAGUCUCAGGGCGGUGAACCAGGUUCUAGUGAGUUGUUUGGCAGUAGAGUGGUGAACCACUUCUUAAUUACAUGUUGGCAGUAUCUAAUGACUCUCGCAGUCUGCUCUCCUGAUUACUUUAGUAGGCAUUAUGUUUUGUAUCACUCUGUCACAGUGCAACACACACACACACACACACAGACUCGCACACACACACACAGACACACACACACACACAUGCCCCCACUCCCAGUAGCCUGCUCUCCAGACCGUAGAUAUUAUUAGUUAGUGGACCACUGGCUUAUUGAAUUACCACACACUGGAGGGCUCAGUCUACACUGAGUGGACAAAAUAUUAUGAACACCAGCUCGUUCCAUGACAUAGACUGACCAGGUGAAAGCUAUGAUCCCUUUUUGAUGUCACUUGUUAAAUCAACUUCAGUCAGUGUAGAUGAAGGGGAGGAGACAGGUUAAAGAAGGAUUUUUAAGCCUUGAGACAAUUGAGACAUGGAUUGUGUAUGUGUGCCAUUCAGAGGUUGAAUGGGCAAGACAAAAGAUGUAAGUGCCUUUGAACAGGGUAUGGUAGUAGGUGCCAGGUGCACCGGUUUGUGUCAAGAUCUGCAACGCUGCUGGGUUUUUCACGCUCAACAGUUUCCUGUGCAUCAAGAAUGGUCCACCACUCAAAGGACAUCCAGCCAACGCUUUCGAAACCUUGUAGAGUCCAUGCCCCGACGAAUUGAGGCUGUUCUGAGGGCAAAAGGGGAGGGGGAGGUGUUCUUAGUGUUUAGUAUAUGUGUGUGUGUUGUUAGUGUUUGUAUCCACUAGCCUGUAAUUAACUACCACAGAUUUAAAUGGAUUGUGGUUUGGGUUUAUGCUAUGUUGACUUCCAGCAUGAUCUUUGGUGUAUGACGAGAGCAAGGUGGGUUGGUUUAUGCUAUGUGACUUCCCGCUACUUAGUGUCUUGAGAGAGCAACAUCUCUGUCUGUCCUUACUGUAGCUGUCUCUGAAUGUAGCCAUCUCUGUUGUCUUACUGUAGCUGCUCUGAAUGUAGCCUCUCUGUCUGUCCUUACUGUAGCUGUCUCUGAAUGUAGCCAUCUCUGUCUGUUCUUACUGUAGCUCUGAAUGUAGCCAUCUCUGUCUGUCUUACUGUAGCUGUCUUGAAUGUAGCCAUCUCUGUCUGUCCUUAUGUAGCUUCUCUGAAUGUAGCCUCUCUGUCUGUCCUUACUGUACUGUCUUGAAUGUAGCCACUCUGUCUUCUUACUGUAGCUGUCUCUGAAUGUGCCAUCUCGUCCUGUCCUUAGUAGCGUCUCUGAAUGUAGCCAUCUCUGUCUGUCCUUACUGUAGCUGUCUCUGAAUGGUAGCCAUCUCCUAUGUCUUUCUUACGUAGCUCAGUGAAUGUAGCCAUCUCUGUCUGUCCUUACUGUAGCUGUCUCUGAAUGUAGCCAUCUCUGUCUGUUCUUACUGUAGCUGUCUCUGAUGUACCAUCUCUGUCUGUCCUUACUGUAGCUGUCUCUGAAUGUAGCCAUCUCUGUCCUGUCCUACUGUAGCGUCUCUGAAUGUAGCCAUCUCUGUCGUCCUUACUGUAGCUGUCUCUGAAUGUAGCCAUCUCUGUCGUCCUUAACUGUAGCUGUCUCUGAAUGUAGCCAUCUCUGUCUGUUCUUACUGUAGCUGUCUCUGAAUGUAGCCAUCUCUGUCUGUCCUUACUGUAGCUGUCUCUGAAUGUAGCCAUCUCUCUGUCUGUCCUUACUGUAGCUGUCUCUGAAUGUAGCCAUCUCUGUCUGUCCUUACUGUAGCUGUCUCUGAAUGUAGCCAUCUCUGUCUGUCCUUACUGUAGCUGUCUCUGAAUGUAGCCAUCUCUGUCUGUCCUUACUGUAGCUGUCUCUGAAUGUAGCCAUCUCUGUCUGUCCUUACUGUAGCUGUCUCUGAAUGUAGCCAUCUCUGUCUGUCCUUACUGUAGCUGUCUCUGAAUGUAGCCAUCUCUGUCUGUCCUUACUGUAGCUGUCUCUGAAUGUAGCCAUCUCUGUCUGUCCUUACUGUAGCUGUCUCUGAAUGUAGCCAUCUCUGUCUGUUCUUACUGUAGCUGUCUCUGAAUGUAGCCAUCUCUGUCUGUCCUUACUGUAGCUGUCUCUGAAUGUAGCCAUCUCUGUCUGUCCUUACUGUAGCUGUCUCUGAAUGUAGCCAUCUCUGUCUGUCCUUACUGUAGCUGUCUCUGAAUGUAGCCAUCUCUGUCUGUUCUUACUGUAGCUGUCUCUGAAUGUAGCCAUCUCUGUCUGUCCUUACUGUAGCUGUCUCUGAAUGUAGCCAUCUCUGUCUGUCCUUACUGUAGCUGUCUCUGAAUGUAGCCAUCUCUGUCUGUCCUUACUGUAGCUGUCUCUGAAUGUAGCCAUCUCUGUCUGUCCUUACUGUAGCUGUCUCUGAAUGUAGCCAUCUCUGUCUGUUCUUACUGUAGCUGUCUCUGAAUGUAGCCAUCUCUGUCUGUUCUUACUGUAGCUGUCUCUGAAUGUAGCCAUCUCUGUCUGUCCUUACUGUAGCUGUCUCUGAAUGUAUCCAUCUCUGUCUGUUCUUACUGUAGCUGUCUCUGAAUGUAGCCAUCUCUGUCUGUCCUUACUGUAGCUGUCUCUGAAUGUAGCCAUCUCUGUAUGUUCUUACUGUAGCUGUCUCUGAAUGUAGCCAUCUCUGUCUGUCCUUACUGUAGCUGUCUCUGAAUGUAGCCAUCUCUGUCUGUCCUUACUGUAGCUGUCUCUGAAUGUAGCCAUCUCUGUCUGUCCUUACUGUAGCUGUCUCUGAAUGUAGCCAUCUCUGUCUGUUCUUACUGUAGCUGUCUCUGAAUGUAGCCAUCUCUGUCUGUUCUUACUGUAGCUGUCUCUGAAUGUAGCCAUCCUUACUGUAGCUGUCUCUGAAUGUAGCCAUCUCUGUCUGUUCUUACUGUAUCUGUCUCUGAAUGUAGCCAUCUCUGUUCUGUCCUUACUGUAGCUGUCUCUGAAUGUAGCCAUCUCUGUCUGUUCUUACUGUAGCUGUCUCUGAAUGUAGCCAUCUCUGUCUGUCCUUACUGUAGCUGUCUCUGAAUGUAGCCAUCUCUGUCUGUUUCCUUACUGUAGCUGUCUCUGAAUGUAGCCAUCUCUGUCUGUCCUUACUGUAGCUGUCUCUGAAUGUAGCCAUCUCUGUCUGUCCUUACUGGUAAGCUGUCUCUGAAUGUAGCCAUCUCUGUCUGUCCUUACUGUAGCUGUCUCUGAAUGUAGCCAUCUCUGUCUGUCCUUACGUAGCUGUCUCUGAAUGUAGCCAUCUCUGUCUGUCCUUACUGUAGCUGUCUCUGAAUGUAGCCAUCUCUGUCUGUCCUUACUGUAGCUGUCCUCUGAAUGUACCAUUACUGCUGUUACUGUAGCUGUCUCUGAAUGUAGCCAUCCUCUCUGUCUGUCCUUACUGUAGCUGUCUCUGAUGUUAAGCCAUCUCUGUCUGUCCUUACUGUAGCUGUCUCUGAAUGUAGCCAUCUCUGUCUGUUCUUACUGUAGCUGUCUCUGAAUGUAGCCAUCUCUGUCUGUCUCUUACUGUAGCUGUCUCUGAAUGUAGCCAUCCUUCUCUAGAGCUGUCCUGAAUGUAGCCAUCUGGUCCUUACUGUAGCUGUCUCUGUAAUGUUACUGCCAUCUCGAAUGCUCCUGUUUCUUACUGUAGCUGUCUCUGAAUGUAGCCAUCUCUGCUGUCCUUACUGUAGCUGUCUUGAAUGUACCAUCCUUUGUCUUACUGUAGCUGUCUCUGAAUGUAGCCAUCUCUGUCUGUUCUUACUGUAGCUGUCCUCUGAAUGUAGCCAUCUCUGUCUGUUCUUACUGUAGCUGUCUCUGAAUGUAGCCAUCUCUGUCUGUCUUAUGACGUCUGAGUAGCCAUUGUCUUCUUAUGAGCUGUCUAGAUGUAGCCAUCUCUGUGUCUUAGUAGCUUCUGAAUGUAGCCAUCUCUGUUGUCUUACUGUAGCGCUCUUGAUGUACCAUCUUACUGUAGCUGUCUCUGAAUGUAGCCAUCUCUGUCUGUCCUUACUGUAGCUGUCUCUGAAUGUAGCCAUCUCUGUCUGUCCUUACUGUAGCUGUCUCUGAAUGUAGCCAUCUCUGUCUGUUCUUACUGUAGCUGUCUCUGAAUGUAGCCAUCUCUGUCUGUCCUUACUGUAGCUGUCUCUGAAUGUAGCCAUCUCUGUCUGUUCUUACUGUAGCUGUCUCUGAAUGUAGCCAUCUAUGUCUGUUCUUACUGUAGCUCUGUGAAUGUAGCCAUCUCUUUUUCCCCAUGUAUCGGUUCUCAUCAAGUCAUAGUAAAUAUCACCAUUUUGUUUGUAUCCAUUCUGUUUGGAGGUAAUAGAGUAAUGGGUAUAGAAAUGCGUAAUGUAAAUGACUUGAUCAUAGCUAGGCACGUGUUAUACUGUAUAAUUAUGUAGCUCUGGACAACAUUGUCACCUCAGAAUUAUGGUUAUUGUGAUGUUAUGUAUUACAGACCACCAUACACUGGUGUAGGCUUUCCAGUCUGAGAUUCAUGGGAGGCAGCAUUAGCACACUAGCUGUACCUGUCUGCUAGCGUUUUCUCAGAAUAAUCUCUGUAACCCUGGGAUACUGAUAUGAUCUCUUUUGAACUUGGUCGGGAGGGAUUUGGCAACAGGUGACCUUUGAGUCGCAACAGCAGGGGUCAAAGGUGAACAGAGCUCCUCUGUCUGUUUUCACUGUGUAUUGGAGUCAGUCUACAACAUACUACAGUCUGCAAUGAUUUUUCACAAGUUCUGUUCCUCAUUUAAGGAAGGUGAGUGUGAAAAGUACACAAACAUACAUUCCGGCGCGUUUGUGGAGUGAUUUACAUAGAAUAGCGUUACGUUUUUGUGGAGUGAUUUACAUAGAAUAGCGUUGCGUUUGUGGAGUGAUUUACAUAGAAUAGCGUUGCAUGGGACAGCCGGUGGAGUUGGGUCAGGUCAGGCAGUAUUGCCCCGUUAACCACCACAGACAGCCCUUUCCAUUUACGCUUCCUCUGGUGGCCAUGCUGGCUUCUUGCCACACACACACAACAUUCCUCCCUCAGAGCACGCUAACCUCGGCCACCCCUUUUCUUUUAGGAAUCUCACUAGCUGACUGUGUGUCAAAUAAGAAGGGAUAGUUUUGUGCUUGGUCGGGGGUAGGCUGGCUAUGCUUGAUGUAUACUGCUCAGGAAGUCCCUGCUGCUCAAAACUAGACAGAUAUUGUAUCUUCCCAAGACUGGAGAGAUAGUUGGCUAGUUUUGGGCCACACGGGCCAUUGAGAGCUGCUGAGUUAUACUGCAUAUAUGACCGACCGCCUCGUUUCGGUCUUAUGUAGCAUCGUUUGAAAUAGUGUUAUUUACAUUGGAUAAAAGUAUAGACUCAAAGCUACAAAAUGCUACAUCAUACACUGCAGUUGAGGAACAAUGGGAAUGUAAUUCUGCUUUAAAAGUUCAUAAACUUGUAACCCCACUUUUGAGAAAAGUGUCCUUGAAUGUUUUGAUACACCUACUGGAGAGUUCUUCUUUGUCUACACCUAUUCAGCAUCGUUCACACCCUCUUCAGCCUUAGCCCCACCCAUCUCUUUAAGGAUUCACAUGUGAGGCCAUGUGCUAAACAGAGUGAGUAAGGUAGUGUAGUAAACAACCAAAGAUGUCAAUACCAAAAGUGGUUUAGGUAGUAGCCUACAAUAAGGAAAAACUCCAGGUAAAAAUACACUUUAUCUAGUCCUUGGCCUAUAUCCUAAUCUGACUAUGAAUGUGUCCUGAUAAAAAUAUUUUAUAAAUAUUUUAUAAUUAUUAGAUGAUGCUUACCCAGACACUCUAAAGUGAUGGGUAAUGUGAAAGAAAUGCUAUAACCAUCCCCCAUCUAGCUAAGUGGGUGGGUCACUAUCGUCUAGACAUGUACACAUGUUCAUGAAAUACAAUAGAUGGCUGUAAUCACUCCCAGACACACCUGGCUAACUGGAUGAGUCAUGUGAUCAUUCUCUUGUAAAGUGGAGUCUUUUGUUUAGACAAUAUCCAGCCAGGCCAGCUGGAAAGAUGCCUCAGUAUGUGUCUGUCUGUCUUCUUGGGAGAGCCCAUACAUUACAGAAGGAGAGGGGUGGGGGCUGUAGUCCAUUACUGGGGGAGAUGGGGUGGGGGCUGUAGUCCAUUACUGGGGGAGAUGGGGUGGGGGCUGUAGUCCAUUACUGGGGGAGAUGGGUGGGGGCUGUAGUCCAUUACUGGGGAGAUGGGGUGGGGGCUGUAGUCCAUUACCUGGGGGAAUGGGGUGGGGGCUGUAGUCCAUUACUGGGGGAGAUGGUGUGGGGGCUGUAGUCCAUUACUGGGGGAGAUGGGGUGGGGACUGUAGUCCAUUACUGGGGGAGAUGGGGUGGGGGCUGUAGUCCAUUACUGGGGGAGAUGGGGUGGGGGCUGUAGUCCAUUACUGGGGGAGAUGGGUGGGGCUGUAGUCCAUUACUGGGGGAGAUGGGGUGGGGGCUGUAGUCCAUUACUGGGGGAGAUGGGGUGGGGGCUGUAGUCCAUUACUGGGGGAGAUGGGGUGGGGCUGUAGUCCAUUACUGGGGAGAGGGGGCGUAGUCCACUGGAAGGGUGGGGGCUGUAGUCCAUUACUGGGGGAGAUGGGGUGGGGGCUGUAGUCCAUUACGGGGGAGAUGGGGGGGGGGCUGUAGUCCAUUACGGGGGGGGGGGGGGGGUGGGUGUUUGGUGGGUGGGGUGUGUUGGGGGGGGGGGGGGUGGGUUGUUUCUUGUAUGUCCAUUACUGGGGGAGAUGGGGUGGGGGCUGUAGUCCAUUACUGGGGAGAGGGUGGGGUGCUGUAGUCCAUUACAAGAGUGAGAGGGGUGGGGGCUGUAGUCCAUUACUGGGGGAGAUGGGGUUGGGGGCUGUAGUCCAUUACUGGGGGGAGAUGGGGUGGGGGCUGUAGUCCAUUACUGGGGGAGAUGGGGGUGGGGGCCUGUAGUUCCAUUACUGGGGGAGAGGGGUGGGGGGCUGUAGUCCAUUACAUGAGGGAGAGGGGUGGGUGCUGUAGUCCAUUACAGAGGAGAAGGGGUGGGGGCUGUAGUCCAUUACUGGGGGAGAUGGGGUGGGGGGCUGUAGUCCAUUACUGGGGGAGAUGGGGUGGGGGCUGUAGUCCAUUACUGGUGGGAGAAUGGGGUGGGGGCUGUAGUCCAUUACUGGGGGGAGAUGGGGUGGGGGCUGUAGUCCAUUACUGGGGGAGAUGGGGUGGGGCUGUAGUCCAUUACUGGGGGGAGAUGGGGUGGGGGCUGUAGUCCAUUACUGGGGGAGAUGGGGUGGGGGGCUGUAGUCCAUUACUGGGGGAGAGGGGUGGGGGCUGUAGUCCAUUACUGGGGGAGAGGGGUGGGGGCUGUAGUCCAUUACUGGGGGGGGGGGGGGGGGGGGGGGGGGGCUGUAGUCCAUGGGGGGGGUCUGUAGUCCAUUAUAGUUUUCUGGCUAAAGAGGAAGUUGCACAACAUCUGUUCUCUGGCAUACAGAAGCAGGAUUAGCAGGCAAACAGCUGUGGUACUACAGCAUGUAAUGUGUUUGAUAUUGUUUCAUUCAGCUCUGUCCGUCUCUAACCCUGUCUCUUUGACUCAUCCCCACAGAUUCCCAAGGGCCAAUGAGCAUGCCCCACUCCCAUGGCCCUCCAAUGGGGGGCAUGGUGGGACACCCCUCCGUCAGCAGCACCUCCAGGCCCCUCCCAUCCCCAAUGAGCACCCUGGGCUCGCCCAUGAAUGGCCUGGCGUCGCCCUACUCCGUCAUCACGUCUUCACUGGGCUCGCCCUCCACGCCAGGGAUCAACUUCGGAUCGCUCCACAGUCCACAGAUGAGAGAGGUGUGUGCCUGAUCUCGCUGUGUCAUUAUGGGGUAUUGUGUGUAGAUUGAUGAGGAAUGUUUGUUAUUUUAUCCAUUUUAGAAUAAGGCUGUAAUGUAACAAAAUGUGGAAAAAUUCAUGGGGUCUGAAUACUUUCCGAAGGCACUGUAUAUACAGUUGAAGUCGGAAGUUUACAUACACCUUAGCCAAAUACAUUUAAACUCAGUUUUUCACAAUUCCUGACAUUUAAUCCUCGUAAAAAUUAAGAACGUGAAAUGUCAGAAAAUAGUAGAGAGAAUUAUUUAUUUCAGCUUUUAUUUCUUUCAUCACAUUCCCAGUGCCUUUAAAUUGUUUAACUUGGGUCAAACGUUUCGGGUAGCCUUCCACAAGCUUCCCACAAUAAGUUGGGUGAAUUUUGGCCCAUUCCUCCUGACAGAGCUGGUGUAACUGAGUCAGGUUUGUAGGCCUCCUUGCUCGCACAUGCUUUUUCAGUUCUGCCCACAAACUUUCUAUAGGAUUGAGGUCAGGGCUUUGUGAUGGCCACUCCAAUACCUUGACUUUGUUGUCCUUAAGCCAUUUUGCCACAACUUUGGAAGUAUGCUUGGGGUCAUUGUCCAUUUGGAAGACCCAUUUGCGACCAAGCUUUAACUUCCUGACUGUCUUGAGAUGUUGCUUCAAUAUAUCCACAUCAUUUUCCUUCCCCAUGAAGCCAUCUAUUUUGUGAAGUGCACCAGUACCCACAGAAUGAUGCUGCCACCCCCUGUGCUUCAUGGUUGGGAUGGUGUUCUUUGGCUUGCAAGCAACCCCCUUUUCCCUCCAAACAUAACGAUGGUCAUUAUGGCCAAACAGUUCUAUUUUUGUUUCAUCAGACCAGAGGACAUUUCUCCAACAAGUAAGAUCUUUGUCCACAUGUGCAGUUGCAAACCGUAGUCUGGCUUUUUUAUGGCGGUUUUGGAGCAGUGGCUUCUUCCUUGCUGAGCGGCCUUUCAGGUUAUGUCGAUAUAGGACUCGUUUUACUGUGGAUAUAGAUACUUUUGUACCUGUUUCCUCCAGCAUCUUCACAAGGUCCUUUGCUGUUGUUCUGGGAUUGAUUUGCACUUUUCGCACCAAAGUACAUUCAUCUCUAGGAGACAGAACGCGUCUCCUUCCUGAGCGGUAUGACGGCUGCGUGGUCCCAUGGUGUUUAUACUUGCGUACUAUUGUUUGUACAGAUGAACGUGGUACCUUCAGGGGUUUGGAAAUUGCUCCCAAGGAUGAACCAGACUUGUGGAGGUCUACAAAUUUUUUUCUGAGGUCUUGGCUGAUUUCUUUUGAUUUUCCCAUGAUGUCAAGCAAAGAGGCACUGAGUUUGAAGGUAGGCCUUGAAAUACAUCCACAGGUACACCUCCAAUUGACUCAAAUGAUGUCAAUUAGCCUAUCAGAAGCUUCUAAAGCCAUGACAUCAUAUUCUGGAAUUUUCCAAGCUGUUUAAAGGCACAGUCAACUUAGUGUAUGUAAACGUCUGACCCACUGGAAUUGUGAUACAGUGAAUUAUAAGUGAAAUAAUCUGUCUGUAAACAAUUGUUGGAAAAAUUACUUGUGUCAUGCACAAAGUAGAUGUCCUAACCGACUUGCCAAAACUAUAGUUUGUUAACAAGAAAUGUGUGGAGUGGUUGAAAAACGAGUUUUAAUGACUCCAACCUAAGGGUAUGUAAACUUCCAACUUCAACUGUAUAUUACAUAUGGUAUGUAAGGUGAAGGUCCCAAUCAAAGCAUGAGCUAAGUAUGCGUUUAGCCUGUUUAUAGCUAGUACUAAUACUUUAUAUCAAGUAGUAAUAGUUGUAAAGCAUGUCUGAACCCUAUCUAUGUAUAUCAUGUACUGUAUCAAGAAUGUAUGAAGCAUAUGCUCACUCAAAUACACGCACAAAUUUCCAAUCCACAUGUUAUCGUAUCUAUUUUAGCCAACUCAGUGGUCGACAGGAGACAAGAGGUGCAAAGUGCGGAAAGAUGAUAAGGAACCCAUAAAAAUAUAAUUUUGACAACGUUUGUUCAGUAAUUAGGAACUCUGUGGGAAAGGAUUUACAACACACCUUUGCUAAAACCAGUAUAUAUAUUUCCUUCUAGUCAGCAUUUACACUGAACUGUCUUGACAAACUAAUAUAUUGAACCCAUAAAAUCCCAGCCUGCCCUAAAGCUGGUGUGACCCUACGCUUCUCUCUGCUGGUGAGAAGUGAGAAGUGCAGAUUGGUGAACGCAACAGCUCAGCUCUCCUCCCACGCUCACACAGUCAACAAACAUUAGAAGCCUGCAUGGCAAAAACUCACAUAGGAAACACUCCCUUUAACCAGCCAUGUGAUCAUGUGAUCGCAGCCUCAGCCACUUUACUAUCACACAUGUGGGGGUAAAGAGUAAGAGGGGAAGAAGGAAAGGGAGAGGAAAAGGGGGGAGAGGGGAAGAAAAAGGAAAUACGGGGGAGAGGAAGGGGGAAAAAGAAAUUUUUUUAAAAAAAAAAAAAAGGGGGGGGGGGGGGACCCCCCCCCCGGGGAGGGGGUUUUCCCCCCAAAGGGGGGGGCCCCCCCCCCCCCCCCCCUUUUUUUUUUUUUUUUUCUGGGGGGGGGGUUUUUUUGGGGGGGGGGGGGGGGGGGGCCCCCCCCCCUUUUUUUUUUUCCCCCCCCCCCGGGGGGGGGGGGGGGGGGGUUUUUUGGGGGGGGGGGGGGGGGGGGGGGGGGGGGGGGCCCCCCCCCCCCCCCCCCCCCCCUUUUUUUUUUUUUUUUGGGGGUGGGGGGGGGUUUUUCCCCCCGGGGGGGGUUUUUUCCCCCCCCCCGGGGGGGGGGGGGGGGGCCCCCCCCCCUUUUUUUUUUUCCCCCCCCCCCUUUUUUUUUUUUGGGGGGCCCCCCCCCCCCCCCCCUUUUUUUUUUUUUUUUUUUUUUUUUUUUUCCCCCCCCCCCCGGGGGGGGGCCCGGGUUUUUUUUCCCCCCGGGGUUUUUUUCCCCCCCCUUCCCCCCCUUUUUUUUUUUUUUUUUUUCCCCCCCCCCCCCCCGGGGGGGGGGGGGGGGGGGGGGGGGGGGGGGGGUUUUUGGGGGGGGAAAAAAAAAAGGGGGGGCCCCCCCCUUUUUUUUUUUUUUUUUUUUCCCCCCCCCCCCCCCCCCCCCCCCCCCCCCCCCCCCUUUUUUUUUUUUUUGGGGGGGGGGGGGGGUUUUUUUUCCCCCCCCCCCCCUUUUUUUUUUUUUUUUUCCCCCCCCCCUUUUUUUUUUCCCCCUUUUUUUUUUCCCCCCCUGGGGGGGCCCCCCCGGGGGGGGGGUUUUUUUUGGGGGGGGGGGGGGGGGGGGGGGGGGUUUUUUUUUCCGAAAAAGGGAAAAAAAAGGGAAAGAAAAGGGAGCCCCCCCCCCCAAAAAAUUUUUUUGUUUUUUUGUAGAAAAAGGCCCCUUUUCAAACACAACCCCCCCGGGGUUUCCCAAUCUCUCAACUACACUCCCCCCCUAGGUUUUUCCCCAAAACCUCCUUUUUUCCCCGCCCUCAGGUAAAAAAUUGGGGCCACACCCCCCCCCCGGGGGUUCCCUUUUCCCCCCCCAACGAAAGGGGCCCCCUUGGGAGCAACCCUUUUGUGACAAUUGAAAAGUUUACCCAAAUUUAAUUUUGUUUUCCCCCUUUUGCUUUUUUUUUUUCCAGUCAUCAUCCAAUAACCAUGGACUAUGACAUAGAUUAAGGGGGAAAGGUAUUACGUUUAAUGGCGCAGUUUCUCAGGUAAAGCAGUGGAGUUGAUGUUUUGGAUGUUGUUUACCCAGGGAAGCACUAUGGCGUGUACAGUUGUGAAGGCUGCAAAGGCUUCUUCAAGAGAACCAUCCGGAAAGACCUCACCUAUACGUGUCGAGACAGCAAGGAGUGCUUGAUAGACAAACGACAGCGCAACCGCUGCCAGUACUGCCGCUACCAGAAAUGCCUAGCCAUGGGCAUGAAGAGAGAAGGUGUGUGUAAGUGUGUGCGUGUAGAGAGGGGAGGAGAAGGAAGGAGGUUGUGUGUGUAUCAGUGGAGGCUGCUGCGGGGAGGACGGCUCGUAAUAAUGUCUGGAACGGAGUCAAUGGAAUGGUAUCAAACACAUCAAAAAAACAUGGUUUCCAUGUGUUUGAUGCCAUUCCACUGACUCCGUUCCAGACAUUAUUAUGAGCUGUCCUCCCCUCAGCAGCCUCCACUGGGGUGUGUGUAGAGAGAAGGGAAGGAGGGAGGAUGUGUGCUCUUCCGAGUGUGUCGGGGGCGGAUCUGUAACGCAUGGGUAUUCAUUGGUAUGUGUGGUAUGUGUGGUAUGUCUACAUUUAAGAUGUUAGUCAUUUAGCAGACGCUCUUAUCCAGAGCGACUUACAGUUACUACAUUAAUCUUAAGAUAGCUAGGUGGGACAAUGUGGAGUUGUCAACCGUGAUGGAGAGGUCUUUGAGUGGGCAGGCCUUUCCCGGGAGGAAGAGCAGCUCAGUCUUGUCGAGGUUGAGGUGGUGGGCCGACAUCCAAGUUGAGAUAUCUGCCAGGCACGCAGAGAUGUGUGUCGCCACCUGGGUGUCAGAAGGGGGCAAGGAGAAAAGUAGUUGAGUGUCGUCCGCAUAGCAAUGAUAGGAGAGACCAUGUGAGGAUUUGACGGAGCCGAGGAGAGGGCCUAGAACCGAGCCCUGGGGGACACCAGUAGUGAGAGUACGUGGUGCAGACACAGAUCCUCUCCACGUCACCUGGUAGGAGCGACCUGCCAGGUAGGAUGCAAUCCAAGAAUGUGCAGAGCCUGAGACGCCCAGUCCUAAGAGGGUGGAGAGGAGGAUCUGAUGGUUCACUGGGUCGAAGGCAGCGGAUAGAUAUAGGAGGAUCAAUCAAACAAAUGUAUUUAUAAAGCCCUUUUUACAUCAGCAGAUGUCACAAAGCGCUAUACAGAAACCCAGCCUAAAACCUCAAACAGCAAACAAUGCAGAUGUAGAAGCACGGGGGCUAGGAAAAACACCCUAGAAAGGCAGGAACCAAGGAAGAAACCUAGAGAGGAACCAGGCUCUGAGGGGUGGCCAGUCCUUUUCUGGCUGUGCCGGGUGGAGAUUAUAAGAGUACAUGGCCAUUAAGGCCAGAUUGUUCUUGAAGAUGUUCAAACUUUCAUAGAUGACAAGCAGGGUCAAAUAAUAAUCAAAGUGGUUGUAGAGGGUGCAACAGGUCAGUACCUCAGGAGUAAAUGUCAGUUGGUUUUUCAUAGCCGAGCAUUCAGAGGUCGAGACAGCAGGUGCGGUAGAGAGUGAGUCGAAAACAGCAGGUCCGGGACAAGGUAGCACAUCCGGUGAACAGGUCAGGGUUCCAUAGCCGCAGGCAGAAGAGUUGAAACUGGAGCAGCAGCACGACCAGGUGGACUGGGGACAGCCAGGAGUCAUCAGGCCAGGUAGUCCUGAGGCAUGAUCCUAGGGCUCAGGUCCUCCGGGAGGGGAGGGAGAGAGGGAGAGAGAGAGAAUUAGAGGGAACAUACUUAAAUUCACACAGGACACCAGAUAAGACAGACUGACCCUAGCCCCCCGGCACAGACUAUUGCAGCAUAGAUACUGGAGGCUGAGACAGGGGUGGGUCGGGAGACACUGUGGCCCCGUCCGAUGAUACCCCCGGACAGGGCCAACCAGGCAGGAUAUAACCACACCCACUUUGCCAAAGCACAGCCCCCACACCACUAGAGGGAUAUCAACAGACCACCAACUUACUACCCUGAGACAAGGCUGAGUAUAGCCCACGAAGAUCUCCUCCACCGCACGAGCCUGAGGGGGCGAAAAACCAAAUGAGAACAGAGGAGAGAGAGUCAGCUUUGGCGGUGCGGAGAGCCUCUGUGACACAGAGAAGAGCAGUCUCGGUUGAGUGACCCAUCUUGAAGCCUGACUGGUUAGUGUCAAGAAAAUCGUUCUGAGAGAGAUAAUGAAAAAGUUAAUCAGAGUGUUCAAGUGUUUUGGAAAGAAAAUAAAGAAGGGAUACAGGUCUAUAGUUUUUGACAUCAGAUGAGUCAAGUGUUGGUUUCUUGAGGAGGGAAGUGACUCUGCCAUUUUGAAGUUAGAGGGGACACAGCCAGUGGUCAGUGAUGAGUUGAUGAGGGAAGUGAGGAAUGAGAGAAGGUCUCCAGAGAUGGUCUGGAGAAGGGAGGAGGGGAUGUGGUUGAGCGGGCAACUUGUCGGGCGGCCAGACCUCACUAGUCGCAGGAUUUCAUCUGGAGAGAGAGGUGAGAAAGAGAUCAAGGCGUAGGGUAGUUCUGUGUGAGUGGGACCAGUGGACUCAAUAGGCUGAGUGUCUACUGUCUACUGUUGUGUGUUGUGCUGUAAGUGCAUAUGUGGCAAAUGUGUUUCAAUUUUCUGUGUCCAUUUGGAAUGGUUGUGGAACGUCUGGUAGAUUGUUGUGGAUUGCCUGGUGUGUUUUGGCACCACGUGUGUCAUGCUUUGUGGAUGUGUGUGAUCUGUGAAGUUCAUAUACAGAAACCUCUAACCUUUGCCCUGUGACCCCAUGCAGCGGUGCAGGAGGAGAGGCAGCGGGGGAGGGAGCCGGGGGAGAAUGAGGUGGAGUCCACCAGUAGUUUUAAUGAGGAGAUGCCCGUCGAUAAGAUUCUGGACGCAGAGCUUGCCGUGGAACCCAAGACAGAGACAUCUGCAGACGAAGGCCCUGGCAACUCGGUAAGGAUGACAUAGAGCAGUGUUUCUUAAAGGUCCAAUGCAGGUGUUUUUAUCUCAUUAUCAAAUCAUUUCUGGGUAACAAUUAAGUACCUUUACUGUGAUUGUUUUAAAUUAAAAUGGUCAAAAAGCAACAAAAAUAGCUUCUUAGCAAAGAGCUAUUUCUCAAGCAAGAAUUUUGCUAGGACUCUCUGGGAGUGGUCUAAGCGGGGAGAGGAAAACUGAAAACUAGCUGUUAUUGGCAGAGAGGUUUGGAACUCGCUUUCUUAUUGGUCUAUUAACUAAUUUACCGCCUGGUGAUGUCACCAGGCAGGCCAAAACUCCAUCUCACCAAAACAGGCGGAAAUUUAAGCCGGUCUUUUCGAACAGCUCUUUACACUAAAAGGGCAUUAUCACAAUGUUCACCAUUUCAUAGUAUUAGUCCAACCUUAUAGUGUGGAGAUAUAUAUACCGCACUGGGCCUUUAAUCCUGGUCUUGGGGACACAUUUUAGUUUUUCUGAUACCACUAAUCAACUCAUCAUCAAACAUUUGACUAGUGGAAUCGGGUGUGUAGUGCUAGGGCAACAACUACAAUGUGCAUCCCUUUGGGUCCCAGGACCAGGAUGAAGAACCACUGACAUAAAGCAUAGACUGUCCACUAACAUAGAGCAUAGACUGUCCACCGACAUAGAGCAUAGACACAGAGCUAUUGAACAUGGAAAGAGCACCUGUAAAUGAGAGAGCAUCUCCCUCCUGUAAACGAGAGAGCAUCUCCCUCCUGUAAACGAGAGAGCAUCUCCCUCCUGUAAAUGAGAGAGCAACUCCCUCCUGUAAACGAGAGAGCAACUCCCUCCUGUAAACGAGAGAGCAUCUCCCUCCUGUAAACGAGAGAGCAUCUCCCUCCUGUAAACGAGAGAGCAUCUCCCUCCUGUAAACGAGAGAGCAUCUCCCUCCUGUAAACGAGAGAGCAUACGAGAGAGCAUCUCCCUCCUGUAAACGAGAGAGCAUCUCCCUCCUGUAAAUGAGAGAGCAUCUCCCUCCUGUAAACGAGAGAGCAUCUCCCUCCUGUAAACGAUAUCCAUUUAAUGUUAAUGGAUAAGCUGGAAUAUGAUUCAGAUAUGUUGUAUCUUACUUAUCUUAUCUUAUCUUACCCUCUCUGUCUGUAUCUUCUGUCCAGACAAACGACCCGGUCACCAACAUCUGCCAGGCAGCAGACAAACAGCUGUUCACCCUGGUGGAGUGGGCUAAGAGGAUCCCUCACUUCUCAGAGCUGCCCUUAGACGACCAGGUUAUUCUACUACGGGCAGGUACAGCACAUCUACUUAUAAGUACUCAGACAGAAGCCUGAGUGCACAUUUUUGUUAGAGGGGUAGAAAAUCGGACCGUCCUCAGCCAUAGUCUAUUUCAGUUUGUUUCGCUCUGGUCAUAGCUAAAUCAUCAAAUCAAAUCCAGUUUUAUUUGUCACAUGCAUUGUAAACAACUAACAGUGAAAUGCUUACUUACAAUGCAGAGAGAAAAAUAGAAAAAUUAUAGAAAAAAUAAUAACACGAGGAAUAAACAAUAACUUGGCUAUAUAUAAUAAUAUGCCAUUUAGCAGACGCUUUUAUCCAAAGCAACUUACAGUCAUGUGCGCAUACAUUUUUACGUAUGGGUGGUCCCGGGGAUCGAACCCACUACCCUGGCGUUACAAGCGCCAUGCUCUACCAAUUGAGCUACAGAGGACCACGGGAUACUAGUACUGAGUCGAUGUGCAGUGGUACGAGGUAAUUGAGGUAGAUACACUACAUGAUCAAAAGUAUGUGGACAAGUGCUCGUCGAACAUCUCAUUCCAAAAUCAUGGGCAUUAAUAUGGAGUUGGUCCCCCUUUGCUGCUAUAACAGCCUCCACUCUUCUGGGAAGGCUUUCCACUAGAUGUUGGAACAUUGCUGCAGGGACUUGCUUCCAUUCAGCCACGAGCGCAUUAGUGAGGUCGGGCACUGAUGUUUGGCAAUUAGGCCUGGCUCGCAGUCGGCGUUCUAAUUCAUCCCAAAGGUGUUCGAUGGGGUUGAGGUCAGGGCUCUGUACAGGCCAGUCAAGUUCUUCCACACCGAUCUCGACAAACCAUUUCUGUAUGGACCUCGCUUUGUGCACGGGGGCAUUGUCAUGCUGAAACAGGAAAGGGCCUUCCCCAAACUGUUGCCACAAUGUUGGAAGCACAGAAAAGAAGAAUUCCCUUCACUGGAACUAAGGAGCCUGAACCAUGAAAAACAACCCCAGACCAUUAUUCCUCCUCCACCAAACUUUACAGUUGGCACUAUGCAUUCGGGCAGGUAGCGUUCUCCUGGCAUCCGCCAAACCCAGAUUCGUCCGUUGGACUGCCAGAUGGUAAAGCGUGAUUCAUCAGCUUUACACCACUCCAGCCAACGCUUGGCAUUGCGCAUGGUGAUCUUAGGCUUGUGUGCGGCUGCUCAGCCAUGGAAACCCAUUUCAUGAAGCUCCCGAUGAACAGUUCUUGUGCUGACGUUGCUUCCAGAGGCAGUUUGGAACUCAGGACAGACGAUUUUUAGCACUCUGCGUUCCCGUUCUGUGAGCUUGACAUUUCCACUUCACAAUAACAGCACUUACAGUUGACCGGGGCAGCUUUAGCAUGGCAGUAAUUUGACAAACUGACUUGUUGGAAAGGUGGCAUCCUAUGACAGUUCCACGUCGAAAGUCACUGAGCUCUUCAGUAAGGCCAUUCUACUGCCAAUGUUUGUCUAUGGAGAUUGCAUGGCUGUGUGCUCGAUUUUACACACCUGUCAGCAACGGGUGUGGCUGAAAUAGCAGAAUCCAUUCAUUUGAAGGCGUGUCCACAUACAUUUGUAUAUAUAGUGUAUGUACAUACAGUGGCUUGCGAAAGUAUUCACCCCCUUGGCAUUUUUCCUAUUUUGUUGCCUUACAACCUGGAAUUAAAAUUUAUUUUGGGGGGGUUUGUAUCAUUUGAUUUACACAACAUGCCUACCACUUUGAAGAUGCAAAAACAUUUUUUGUGAAACAAACAAGAAAUAAGACAAAAAAACAGAAAACUUGAGUGUGCAUAACUAUUCACCCCCCCAAAGUCAAUACUUUGUAGAGCCACCUUUUGCAGCAAUUACAGAUGCAAGUCUCUUGGGGUAUGUCUCUAUAAGCUUGGCACAUCUAGCCACUGGGAUUUUUGCCCAUCCUUCAAGUUGGAUGGGUUCCGCUGGUGUACAGCAAUCUUUAAGUCAUACCACAGAUUCUCAAUCGGAUUGAGGUCUGGGCUUUGACUAGGCUAUUCCAAGACAUUUCAAUGUUUCCCCUUAAACCACUUUAGUGUUGCUUUAGCAGUAUGCUUAGGGUCAUUGUCCUGCUGGAAGGUGAACCUCCAUCCCAGUCUCAAAUCUCUGGAAGACUGAAACAGGUUUCCCUCAAGAAUUUCCCUGUAUUUAGCGCCAUCCAUCAUUCCUUCAAUUCUGACCAGUUUCCCAGUCCCUGCCGAUGAAAAACAUCCCCACAGCAUGAUGCUGCCACCACCAUGCUUCAGUGUGGGGAUGGUGUUCUCGCGGUGAUGAGAGGUGUUGGGUUUGCGCCAGACAUAGCGUUUUCCUUGAUGGCCAAAAAGCUAAAUUAUAGUAUCAUCUGACCAGAGUACCUUCUUCCAUAUGUUUGGGGAGUCUCCCACAUGCUUUUUGGCGAACACCACAUGUGUUUGCUUAUUUUUUUCUUUAAGCAAUGGCUUUUUUCUUGCCACUCUUCUGUAAAGCCCAGCUCUGUGGAGUGUACGGCUUAAAGUGGUCCUAUGGACAGAUACUCCAAUCUCCGCUGUGGAGCUCUGCAGCUCCUUCAGAUUUAUCUUUGAUCUCUUUGUUGCCUCUCUGAUUGAUGCCCUCCUUGCCUGGUCCGUGAGUUUUGGUGGGCAGCCCUCUCUUGGCAGGUUUGUAGUGGUGCCAUAUUCUUUCAAUUUUUUAAAUAAUGGAUUUAAUGGUGCUCCGUGGGAUGUUCAAAGUUUCUGAUAUUUUUAAAUAACCCAACUCUGAUCUGUACUUCUCCACAACUUUGUCCCUGACCAGUUUGGAGAGCUCCUUGGUCUUCAUGGUCUUCAUUGCUUGGUGGUGUCCCUUGCUUAGUGAUGUUGCAGACUCUGGGGCCUUUCAGAACAGGUGUAUAUAUACUGAGAUCAUGUGACACUUAGAUUUUACACAGGUGGACUUUAUUUAACUAAUUAUGUGACUUAUGAAGGUAAUUGGUUGCACCAGAUCUUAUUUAGGGGCUUCAUAGCGAAGGGGGUGAAUACAUAUGCACGCACCACUUUUCAGUUAUUUAUUUUUUAGAAUUUUUUGAAACAAGUUAUUUUUUUCAUUUCACUUCACCAAUUUGGACUAUUUUGUGUAUGUCCAUUACAUUAAAUCCAAAUAAAAAUCCAUUUAAAUUACAGGUUGUAAUGCAACAAAAUAGGAAAAAUGCCAAGGGGGAUGAAUACCUUUGCAAGGCACUGUAUAGGUAGGGGUAAAGUGACUAGGCAACAGGAUAGAUAAUAAACAGUAGCAGCAGCAUAUGUGAUGAGUCAAUAGAGUUAGUGAAAAAGGGUCAAUGCAGAUAGUCCAGGUAGCUAUUUGGUUAACCAUACUGAACAAAAGUACAAACGCAACAUGCACAUUCACUAAUAAUGACUAACUUCUUAUUAGGCUAUAGGAAAUUAACACAGGUCUCAUCAACAACCUCUCAAGCCCACGUGCUAGUGAUUAGCCAGCUAAUCUUUAUACACUGAACAAAAAUAUAAAACACAACAUGUAAAGUGUUGGUCCCAUGUUUCAUGAGCUGAAACAAAAUAUCCCAGAAAUGUUCCAUAUGCACAAACAGCUUAUUUCUCUUAAAUAUUUGCACAAAUUUGUUUACAUCCCUGUUAGUGAGCAUUUCUCCUUUGCCAAGAUAAUCCAUCCACCUGACAGGUGUGGCAUAUCAAGAAGCUGAUUAAACAGUAUGACAUUACACAGGUGCACCUUGUGCUGGGAACAACUAGUUUUGACUAGUUUUCUGAUCCACACCCCUACCUUUUUUAAAAAAGGUAUCUGUGACCAACAGAUGCAUAUCUGUAUUCCCAGUCAUGUGAGAUCCAUAGAUUAGGGCCUAAUUAAUUUAUUUCAAUUGACUGAUUUCCUUAUAUGAACUGUAACUCAUAAAAUCUUUGAAGUUGUUGCAUGUUGCGUUUAUAUUUGUGUUAAGUGUAUUUAGCAGUAUUAUGGCUUGGGGGUAGAAGCUGUUCAGGGUCCUGUUGGUUUCAGAGUUGGUGCAUCGGUACUGCUUGCCAUGCGGUAGCAGAGAGAACAGUCCAUGACUUGGGUGGCUGGAGUCUUUGACAAUCUUUAGGGCCUUCCUCUGACACCGCCUUGUAUAUAGGUCCUGGAUGGCAGGGAGCUCGGCCCCAGUGAUGUACUGAAGUAUUUGACAAUCUUUAGGGCCUUCCUCUGACACCGCCUUGUAUAUAGGUCCUGGAUGGCAGGGAGCUCGGCCCCAGUGAUGUACUGAAGUAUUUGACAAUCUUUAGGGCCUUCCUCUGACACCGCCUUGUAUAUAGGUCCUGGAUGGCAGGGAGCUCUGCCCCAGUGAUGUACUGGGCCGUACGCACUACCCUCUGUAGCGCCUUGCGGUCAGAUGCCAAGCAGUUGCCGUACCAAGCGGUGAUGUAGCCAAUCAAUAUGCUCUCAAUGGUGCAGCUGUGGAACUUCUUGAGGAUCUGUGGGCGCAGAAGAGUCGAAGAGUAUGGUGUGGAAUGCUGAGCUGUAGUCGAUGAACAGCAUUCUCAUAUAGGUGUUCCUCUUGUUCAGGUGGGAGAGGGCAGUGUGGAGUGCAAUAGAGAUUGCGUCAUCUGUGGAUCUGUUGGGGCGGUAUGCGAAUUGGAGUGAGUCCAGGGUGUCUGGGAUGAUAGUAUUGAUUUUAGCCAUGACCAGCUUUUUAAAGCCUUUCAUGGCUACAGAUAUGAGUGCUACUGGGUGGUAGUCAUUUAGACAGGUUACCUUGGUGUUCUUGGGCACAGGGACUAUGUUGGUCUGCUUGAAACAUGUAGGUAUUACAGACAGGGUCAAGGAGAGGUUGAACAUGUCAGUGAAGACACUUCCCAUGCUCUGAGUAUGUAUCCUGGUAAUCCGUCUGGCCCUGCGGCCUUGUGAAUGUUGACCUGUUUAAAGAUCUUACUCACAUCGGCUACGGAGAUCGAGAUCACACAGUCGUCUGGAGCAGCUGGUGCUCUCAUGCAUGGUUCAGUGUUGCUUGCCUCGAAGCGAGUAUAGAAGGCAUUUUGCUCAUCUGGUAGGCUCGCGUCACUGGACAGUUUGCAGCUGAGUUUGCAAGCCCUGCCACAUCCAACGAGCAUCAGAGCCGUCAUAGUAGGAUUCGAUCCUUGUCCUGUUUGAUGGCUCGUCAGAGGUCGUAGCGGGAUUUCUUAUAAGUGUCUCGAUUAGUGUCCCGCUCCUUGAAUGCGGCAGCUCUAGCCUUUAGCUCAGUGCAGAUGUUGCUUGUAAUCCAUGGCUUCUGGGUUGGGAUAUGUACGUACGGUCACUGUGGGGACGACGUUGUCGAUGCACUUAUUAAUGAAGCCGGUGACUGAUGGGGUAAACUCCUCAAUGCUAUCGGAUGAAUCCCGGAACAUAUUCCAGUCUGUGCUAGCAAAACAGUCUUGUAGCUUAGCAUCCGCUUCGUCGGGCCACUUCCUGUUUCAGUUUUUGCUUGUAAGCAGAAAUCAGGAGGAUAGAGUUAUGGUCAGAUUUGCCAAAGGGAGGGCGAGGGAGAGCCUUGUAUGUAAAGGUUUUCUGUGUGUGGAGUAAAGGUUUUCUAGAGUUUUGUCGCCUCUAGUUGCACAGGUGACAUGCUUGUAAAAAUGAGGUAAAACAGAUUUCAGUUUCCCUGCAUUAAAAUGUGGUCUUAGUGCCAGCAUCGGUUUGUGCUGGUAAAUAGACAGCUACGAAAAAUAUAGAUGAAAACUCUCUUGGUAAAUAGUAUGGUCUGCAGCUUAUCAUGAGGUAUUCGAACUCAAGCGAGCAAAAACUUGAGACUUCCGUAACAUUAGAGAUUGCACACCAGCUGUUGUUAACAAAGAGACGCACCCCUCCUCCCCUCAUCUUACCCGAGGCUGCCGACCGGUCUUGACAAUGCAUGGAAAAACCAGCGAGAUGUUUAUUAUCCAUGUCAUUGUUCAGCCACGACUCCAUGAAACAUAGAAUUUUACAGUUCUUCAGGUCCCGUUGAUAGGAUAGUCUCCAACGGAGCUCAUCCAGUUUGUUCUCUAGUGACUGUACGUUCAAAUCAAAUCAUCAAAUAAAAUUGUAUUGGUCACAUGCGCCGAAUACAAUAGGUGCAGACAUUACAGUGAAAUGCUUACUUACAGCCCUUAACCAACAGUGCAUUUAUUUUAAACAAAAAAAGUAAAAAUAAAACAACAACAAAAAAAGUGUUGAGAAAAAAAAGAGCAGAAGUAAAAUAAAGUGACAGUAGGGAGGCUAUAUAUACAGGGGGGUACCGUUGCAGAGUCAAUGUGCGGGGGCACCGGCUAGUUGAGGUAGUUGAGGUAAUAUGUACAUGUUCACCAACAGAACAGAGGGUAGAGGCAGUUUAUUUGCUCGCCAACGUAGUCUCAUCAGGAUUCUGCCUCGUAUUUUUCUCUCAUAUUGAUGUUGCAUCCUAGAACCAAAUUCAACCUGACCUGGUCGUUGCAUAAACCAGUUUCCCAGUUUCCAGAGCCAUAUCUGCAAUGAACAGAUUGCCAGCAAUGACUCUUGCAAAAACACCCCAACUCUGACCUCUGCUGGUGGGAUAUUUCAAACACUGACCCUAAACGUGGGAGAGGAAAUAUCACACCGCAUCACUAAUGAGCUGAAGAGGUUUUAAUAGCCUGAUAGGAAACCAAAAGAGAGAGAGAGAAAGAUACAUGAAGAGAAAAGGAGAUGUUUGAAGAUAGAGUCGGAGAGAUAGAGAAGUGGGAGGGAUAGAGAAAGAGCGAUAUGAAGCUAGAGGGUGAGAUGAGAUAGAGAAAUAAAGAGAGAACAGUAGAUAAACACUAGCAUUCAUGCAGUGACGUUGGUUGCCAAGUAACGAUCCCUGUGUGUUUAUCUGUUUAUGUUCAGGCUGGAACGAGCUCCUCAUCGCGUCUUUCUCACACCGCUCUGUCACGGUAAAAGACGGAAUCCUAUUGGCCACGGGCCUCCACGUCCAGAGAAGCAGUGCCCACAGUGCCGGAGUGGGCUCCAUCUUUGACAGAGUCUUGACAGAGUUGGUGUCAAAGAUGAAAGACAUGAAGAUGGACAAGACAGAGCUGGGCUGCCUUCGAGCCAUCGUCCUCUUCAACCCAGGUCAGUGGGUCAUACCUGCUUGCAGGGGCAUCAAGCACCCCAAGAAAUCUGAGGGGGCACAAAGUACGUGAGGAUGGCUAAGUUGGAGAAUUUAGAAUUUUUUCAAACGCCUGAUACAGCUUUUUCCUGCAAUCUAGAGCCAUCGAUAUAAUUAAUUCUAUGUCAGAAAUAUGUCUAUUUUUCUGCAUAUCUAUACCCAUUAGGCAUGUCAGCAAAGAUAGUUAGACAAGUUACUCUAACUUGACUGAUAGCCUGAAAUGGCGUCUUGGUAGCUAGUGAUGAGGUUGGGAGGUUAGGACCCUAUCUGGGCUAAAGCCAACUUCAUAACAUUUCUAAGUCGCUAGUAGUAUUGCAGAGAAAAAACGAAAAAAAUAUAUAUUUUUAUAAUGUGAGGGGGCACGUGCCCCUGUGCCACCUAUAGGCAUUACACCUCUGUCUGAUUAAUUACACCAACAGUUAUGAUACUGGUUUGUUAUUUAAAUGACUUCCUUUUUCUGUGUUCUCUGUGUGGCGUAUGAGGGAAGGAAUGUGGUUGUUGAUGUAUUGUUGCAGUCAGAGAUGGUUGGACAUGACCUUGUGGCCUGUUGCUGGGCAGUCUUCAUGUUAGCGGACGUGACCAUGAUAAAGGAGGCCACAAUAGAUUACUAUGGGUCAUUGGAAUGUUGGUGUCGGUGUGAUGGGUCAUCGGGCAGCAUGACUGUAUCUUAAUGUUCUGGUGUGAGUGACUAGGACUUUGUGUAAGUAGUCCGUUUUUACUAGAGGCCCUCAUUAUUAGCCAAAUAAUGAUAAUUCUGUGCAAAAAAAUCAAAAUUUAGACCGGCCCAUUGGUCUAAACAUGGACCAGCCCAUCUGGCAUUUGCCCGAACUGCCCUAUGGCCAGUCCGUUUCUGGGCGAAGGUGAAUUUAUAAAGGCAUCAGACUGACUGUAAAUGUUCUGUUGUUGCAGAUGCAAAAGGCCUGUCGAAUCCACCGGAGGUGGAAGGGCUGAGGGAGAAGGUCUACGCCUCGCUGGAGUCCUACACCAAAGCCAAGUACCCAGACCAGCCCGGCAGGUACAGUAUUCACAGCUCAUACAGACAGGGUUGGGGUCAAUUCGAAUUGAAGUCAGUCAAUUCAAGAAGUAAACUGACAUUCUAAUUAAAUAAUUAAAAAGGGGGCAUCUAUUUUCAAUGACUUCUCAAUAAGCUGUAAAAGGAGAAGCUGUUUAUGUCAAACUUUUUCAAAUUCAAAUCACUUCCUAAAUUUACUGACUUCAAUUAGAAUUGACCCCAACGCUGCUACAGACCGGACACAUCCCAAUACAAUCUGAUCACUGCCUUAGUCUCCUAUUGUAAUUGACCAUUUCUUUUAAAUAAAUUGUUUUCCUUUAAUAUUGUGAACACCUAUUGGGCACUCUCACAGGAAAGUGAGACAUUCCUUGAGAAGAGGACAAUGAACCAUGAACGAGUAUUAUGACAUGGUCAUAGCCAGGUUUAAUCUUUUGUUUCUUGUGACCCUCCCUUCCUCCUAGGUUUGCUAAACUGUUGCUGCGUCUCCCCGCCCUGCGCUCCAUAGGCCUCAAGUGUCUGGAGCACCUGUUCUUCUUCAAGCUGAUAGGAGACACGCCCAUAGACACCUUCCUCAUGGAGAUGCUCGAAGCGCCACACCAAAUCACAUGA